AUGCCACAGAUUGAACUUGGUCGAUUCUGGACUAUCGAGAAAAUUGAAGAUGUUCUCUGCAGCACGGAGCCUCACAUCCUGGAUACCGGCCAAGAAAUCAGGGAACAUUACCUCGUUGUAUUCUCUGUCCUGACAUUCAUGGCGCGACAUCAAGAUAUAUCUGUCUUCAUUCGGUAUAAUGUGGAUGACAGCGGGCUGCCACUACUAGCAACACCAACUGCAGCCUCGGAAUCCAGCAGCGAUCGCGAAGUGUUCGAGCGAUUCCAGAAAUCCCAGUGGAAAUUUUGUCCACUGACACUCAACAUGGGUCGAAGUGAGAGAAAACCAAGCAAGAGGGAAUUAUCUCCUUUCCACAUCAUACCAGUUUCGAAAACAGAAAGAAUUAGUCCGAGGGAGUCCGGUCGUCGUGAUGAUAUUUGUCUUGACAAAGUGACAUUGCAUGAGCAAUGCUCCGCCUACAAGACUGUUGUAUUUAAGGUUCUUCGGGGUAGCAGUGACACCCUAAAGGUCAUGUACGAUAAUGAGGUUGACAUGUACAAGAACCUUAUCAAGGAAGACUCAUUCAAUCACAUCAUGAGAUACUACGGUUCUUUUCAAAGCUUAGAUGUGCGGGUAAUUAUACUAGAGUAUGCCAAUGGUGGCACUCUGGAAUCCUUUUUUGAACAUCAACCUCCUCCGCAAAGUAAGGCGGAGCGCGAGCUGUUUUGGAAUUGCUUGAUGGGUCUGUCCAGAGGGUUAGAGCGUAUCCACAACCUGACUGAUUCGAAAGAACAUUCGAAAGGAGCCUGGAUGCGACGAGGGACCCAUCAAGACAUACAUCCACAAAACAUUCUAGUCUGUAAUGAGGGCUUCGGAAAUAUGCAUGGAUUCGCGUUCAAGUUUGCAGACAUGGGAACUGGCCAUAUCCGAAGGAUGAGGUACAAAGGUCUGGACGAAGAUGCCAUGGACCAAGAAGGCAACGGAAUGUACAGCGCACCCGAGGCCUGCGUGGAUAACAAAGGCACGAGAGGCAUAAGAGGAGAUAAUGACGUCUGGGCAUUAGGCUGCGUUGCAAGCGAAGCGCUGGUUUGGUGCCUUCAGGGCGACCGUGGGCGUUGGCGCUAUCAUAACGACCGUAUCAAAGCCACACAACAAACCGUGUUGAAGGAUGGAUGCCAUGUAGGCGCAUUCCACGACGGGACAUGUGUCCUUAACACAGUUGAGGAUUGGCACCAUAACGCAAUCAAAACCGCUGCAGGCGACACUGAUUUCUACACCCAACUGAGCAAUCUCAUUCUCAGUCGGAUGCUCGUUGCUGAACCAAAGCAUCGAGUUGAUGCUGCCGAGCUCUAUAACGAGUGGAACUUAUUAUUUCCAAAUCGGCCCGCACUUCUUCCUACGAACCACACCGACCCAGGACCAUCUACACACUCUAAGACGGAUGGUUUAGAGUGUUUAGUGAGCGAUUCCGUGUCACAAGGCCCCGUCAGAUCCUUGACAACCCCUGCUAUCUCAGCCACGCCACAUGAAUCAAGAGGGUUGCACAUUAUCACCACAAUCCCCGAAGACAACUUUUUAUCACCGUCGCCAAGUCCAGGACACACUCCCAGUAUCUCAAUUACGGAAUCGCCCCAGGAAGAAUUAUCGGAAGAACCCCCGCGGUUGACAACAUCGUUGAGGGUAGGAAGGACGUAUGAAGACCGAAGACAUAGAUCUGUUUCUCCACGGCCGAGCCAAGUGUCCGACGGGAAAGCCACUGGCAAUUCAGUUGGAAGCACCGACCGAAACUCAAUACCACGAAGGCACACGCUUUCGGACAGCGGCGUUGGCCUAGAUUCACGACCUCAGUCAACUACUCAACUACAGACUGACAGUAUGAACACGGUCUUGAAAACGAGCCCAAUUGUUGGAAUGGAAGAAAGCGGCUCGUCUCACUCGGCGAGAUGUCGAGACAGGUCCGCUCAGCAGAGUUUCGCAAACGAAGUUGGUUCAUAUAAUCAAGCUCAACUCGAAAGUAACAUGACGUCAGGAAGCAGAGCCUUGGAGGACACAUAUAAUUAUACACGAUCUCCUUCACCAUCUGAUCGAGGGAGUUCGCAACAUACAGUGGCCACUAACCCACAGUCAUUAGAUCUCAUUGCCACGGUUGACCUGGUAUGGCACAUUUGCCUGGCAGACAAAACAGGCCUCUCCAAAUAUCUCAACCCGACUCCCAAGAAGCAGCGUGGCAGGCAUCCAUUCAAAAUAUUUCCUCAACUAGCAAUAGAUGUCAAUAAAGUCAAGGGGGACAAAGGACGGGAUCAAGUAAGUUUUCAAGGAACGCCUAGAGAUAAUGAAAGUGCAAGAAGAUAA